AUGUAUGCACAAUUAAAUUCUAUAGUUAACAAUGUGAUAAUAUUUGAUAAUAUUGAAAAAUGUUCAAAUUACAUACGUCUGAAAUUUCGUCUAUCAACGAAUCAUCCUGACAUAGUUCAACUUUAUUCGACGAUUGGUUUCUGUCUAUUUCAGGAACAAGAAUAUGAUAAAGCCUUGAUAUAUCUAGAGAAAACAAUUAUGAACACAAAAGAAUACAAUUCAUUAGCGAUAAACUACAGUUAUAUUGGUUCGAUUUAUUCGAGAAAAAAGGAUUCCGUAAAAGCAUUAACAUACUUUGAAUGGUCAUUAGAAAUGCAACUUAUGGCAUCACCAUUAUGUCAUGAGUCAUUAACAACCCGUUAUAAUAAUCUUGGAACAAUCUAUUUUAACCGACAAAAUUAUGACAAUGCAUUAGAGUAUUACGAAAAAGCUCAUGAAAUAAUGGAGUCAGGAGCAACCUGUCAUAAUAUUGGUAGAAUAUACGCAGUCAAAGAUGAACCAGAUAAAGCUUUAAAAGAGUGUACAAAAGCACCGGAAUUAUUGUUAAAGAAACCAUCAUCAAUGAACAACAAUUUACACAUGGCAAACGUAUAUUUUAGUAUUGGUCAAAUUAACAAAAACAAGCAAGAUUAUUCUAUGGCCUUGUUUAAUUAUGAAAAAGCAUUUGAAAUUGGCGUGAAACAUUUAAGGUUUAAUGACAUUGAUCUGAUUAGGUAUGGAAUUCACAUGCAAAAUACGAAACAAAAACUUAUGGACUGUUCAAACUAA